AUGCAGAAAGAACUUGGCGAGACAAACCUGCUGGAAAGUGUUACAGCAAAUUAUUCAACUGACUUGCUUAUGACAACAAAUGAGGAAGACAGUUUAGCUGAAUUUGAUGAGAAUCCAGGAGAAAUAUGUGAGAAAACUUCAGGUUUGAUUGAUUUAGCUGAAGGUGAUUCCAGUUCACCAGAAAUUUUGAAGUCUGCCGAUUCAAGAAUUCCACCAACGCCUAUGAACAGUCUUGUAGAAACUUCACCAUUAGAUAAUGGGCGGCCUUUAUUUUUUCCACAAGAUGUCAUUAAAAAAAUUAACGAAAUAGAUGGCCCGAAUUAUUCUCCGUCUCAUGUUAGGUAUGGGAGCUGGUGGGAUGGCUUUGACCUGGAUUCCAGAAAUGGUGAUACGUGGAGUUCAAGUGAGCAGGAAUCUGUAUUUCAGAGCCCAGUCUUAUGGAAAGAUUGUAAAGAAAGUCCCUCACUACGAGAACAUAUUGAUAGAAGAGCCUCAGAUUCUGUAUUCCUCCAAAAACAGCCAAAGCAAAUGAGAGCAGGACUGUGGGAUAAUCAUUUUAAGCAAGAUAAUUGGAACGAUGAUGUGCAACAGAAAAAUGGUGAACAUUCAUGUUUACAAACGGCAUCUUUAGAAGAGACAAAGCAAGAACCAGAGAGCUUUACCUACCCAUGGAAGGUCAGUCAGCCAACACCUGUGAUGUCAAAUGCAUGGUGUAGUGAUGAAGGGAAAAGUAGUCAGCUAGCUGGAGACUCUUUUGAAGUCUGGACUAAGUUUGAUUCAGGAGGUAUUGCUACAGCCCCAGAAAAUGUAUGGAACAUACCCAAAAUGGAUAGAGAAAAAAAAUCAGUGGAUAUUCCUGAGGAAUGGGCCCUAUCAAAAACUAGUUUAUCAGAUUCUUCAGAAAUCACAGGGGACAAUGAGACCGAAAAUCCGCCUGUCCAGAUAUCUCCAGAAGCCUGGGAUAAAGAAAGAUAUUAUUCAGUAGAAGAAUAUGGAAAACUUGAAAAUACAAAUGCUGUUUUCAACAAUCUGCAAAAUAGUUCCAAGCUGCAAACAGAGGAAGAAGCUGUAUUUGGUAACCCUAAACAUAGACCAAAACAAUUUGAAAAUAUAGACACCUGGAAUAUGUAUGAUAAAAACAUCAGGAAAGAAGUAACAGAAGUGGUAGUGCCAUGGCAGGAUAACUUCUUGUAUAAACACUUAGAUCUUAGUUCAUCAAACACAGGUGAAGAUUUAGUUGUUUCUCCGCCAGAUACCAAUUACUCAACAUCUGAUUCAUAUGUAUCACCUACAUAUGUGAAAGAUGAAAGACAAAAUGAGGACAAAGAUUUUAACGAAGAAACACUUAUUGAUAAAUUGGUAAGCCCAAAUUUGGCUGAGCCAGAAGUACUUGAGAAAGGAAAUAAGGAACCAUUAUCUCCCAGAAACAUGUCUUUUUCAAAGGCUGAAAACACAGACAUCUUGGACACUCCCCUAAAUAAUGUCACACAGUUACAAGAACGAAAUUCUGAAAUUGCUGCUCUUUCUGCCUUUGCUAAAUCUUUUCUUAAUUCAGAACAAACAGCUGAUCAGUGUUUUUCAGCUGACAUACAUACCGAUGAAAAUAAUUUUUCUGUAUCAGCAAGCAGAAGAAUAACACCGGUGUACAAUCAGACAGUGAACGACUUAUCACCACCACAGAACGAAUUAAAUACUGAACAGAAUGCAGCUGAAAAUGUAGAAACAGUGACCAGUGUUCCUGUAGAAGACACAGACACAUCCACACCAACUUCAGAUACUGGGAAUGGGUUGGAUCUGAAAAUAUGUGACAUAGGAAGUGAGAUACUUAGUAAGAAGGCAGAAAAAAAUUCUGCUGAUGUUGAUGAAAAGCUGGAUAGUCAGGAUUCAGUGCAGCAGCUGGAUUCAUGGAGUUUACAGAGAGAGCAGGGAUGUGAGGAAGACUGGGACAAUGCCAUUUUCGUCUCUCAGACAGGAAAGGAAGAAUGUAAGAGUACAGAUGAGACAAAUGAACACCAAAUGAUUAGUGACAUUUGUCAUAAACCACUGCAGGAGGACAGUGAAUCUUCUUGUAAUGUAGACUUGGGAGGAAACAGGUCAACAACUGAAGUUCCCAGCUCCCCAGAAAAAGUGAGGAAUAGUGUUAGUUUGGAAGCCUUAAUCACAGAGAAUGAGUUAUUUGCCAAUCAGUGCAAUCCAGAUAGUCAGGAAGAAAGGAAAGACUUUUUGCAGAAUAAUGUAGAAUCUUCCUCAAGUGUUUCUGAAGAAGGCAGAGAGUGUGAAAUUUUUGAUGAUCCCAGAGCAGAAAAUUACGAUUAUAGUGAAACGUCACAGCUGCUUGCUGAGAAAGCUGAAAAGGAGACUACAAUGAUAGAAGAUGUAACAAGUCCGGAGAUGGAAAGUAUCUCUGAAAGUUCUGAUAAGGGUAGUGAUAAUCUUGAAAAUAAUUCUUCUAAAAUGCCUGGAAGCUCAGGCAUCUGGAAUGAUUCUGGAGAGAGUGACAGUUGCCAGGUCACUUCACUUCCUUUGACGAAUGGAGCACAAGAAGCACCAGGAGAAGUGAAAGAGGGCUUACAUGAAGUGGUUCCUAACCAUACUGAGUUAGUGUCUUUCAAAAAAAGCUCAGAACUGAAUAGGACUCAUGAAAAGUCUUUCAUAGAUGAUUCUAAGAAGUGUCCUUCAUCUGGAUAUGUCAGUGUUCCUGACAUUACAGAUGUGUCUUCGAUGGGAAGUUCGUUUUCACAUGAAAUAGAUUCUGGGAGAAAUGAAAGGUCUGAAGAUUUAGAAUUUGCUAGUAAUCUUUGUGGAGAGACAUGUGUAAUGCUUAAUGACAGUUAUCUCCAAACUGCUUGGAAUUCACAGCCAUGUGAAGUUUUGCAAUCUCCUGGAACAAGUCCUGAGGCAAGUGAAGCCCUUGAAAUGGCAAACACCACAAGUAGCCUUUCAAAGGAUAUACAGAUCAAAAGUUAUUUGGAAGAAGAUAAUGUGUGGAGUGAUUCAGUAAAUGAUUAUGCACACUCAAGUGGAACAAGUCCUGAUUUAAGUGAUGCAUCUGUGAAUGUGUGGGAAGACCUUCCAGUUCCCAGUCUUCACAAAGGAAGUAGGGGUAUGUGGGAUAACAAAAAUCUUGAAGAUGCUUCUAAAAGGAAUGAAUUUGCCAAUGAAUGCAAAGAAGGAUUUGAAACAAGCACUGAGCAGAACAAAAUUCCUAAAAGCUUAGAUUUUUGGAAUGCCCAUGUAGAUGAUGAUACUGUAUCUUCUUUAUCAAGUCCUGAAAUAAAUGAGGAUUCAGAGACUUCAGAGGCAUGUCCAGAAGUGAGUCAUGAAGAUUCCGUAUAUGAAAACAAACAGCACAAAGCAUCUGAAAUUAGAGACGAUUAUGCUCCACCCAGUAGAACAAGUCCUGAAGCAAAUGAAGACAAUACAGAUGCAAAAACUAAGGUGGGAGAGGAGGUUCAGGUAGGCAUCUUCAAUGAAAAUCCUGAAACAAUUAAAACUAGGAAAGUAUUGCAGGAAGACUCGACUCCUGAAUGUUUAGGUCACUGGGAAACACUUCAGAAAGAAGAUCAAGUGAGUAUUUUCAAUGAAAAAACAGGUAGUGGAGAAGACUCGUAUUUGUAUCAAAUGAAUGAAGAUACUACACUGACUUUUGCUGCUUGUGAUAAAGAAGAGUAUUCAAAAGCUGUAGAUAUGCAGAAUAUGUCAUUGGAAACUGAUUUAAGAACUGAUCUGAAACCCACAGUAGGAACAUUUCAUUUUCCAGAUGACUCUUUGGAAUGGUGGAAUUCACAGCCUGGUGAAGAAAAGCGAUUGGAAGACCAGUAUUCCAUUUCAAGUCACUCUGCAACAAAUCAGUUAGUAUAUAGUAAGGACCACUGGGGACCACCUUUACAAGAUGAAGAAGUAGCAGAAUAUUUCGCUAUUGCAAGUAAUGAUGGAAAUCAGCCUCCCCCUCUACACUGUGAUGAAAAAGAAAAUGAAAGUCUGGUACAACCUAUGAAUAUUCCUGAUAGUGAGAUAAAUCAAGAUACUGUACAGUUCAAACAAUUUCAUCCUUUUAUACUGGAUAAAGAAGAAAAGGGCUUGAACGAGAUGUUGUUUAUUACAGGUGAGGAAAACCAGCUGACUCCACAGAAUCCUUUUUCAGAUGAGGAAAGAGGUAUGCCAGAUAUAUCAGUGCAAGAAAUCACUGUACUGGAUCUACCAAAAGACAGUGACGGAGAUGCAAGUUUCAUUCCCCAAGAACAACAAGGGGACACCUAUGAAAAAUCAGAAGUGCACAGCUCCCUGUCAGGUUCUUUCACUGUAGAAGACUUAUCAUAUGAAAUGACAGAGAAGUCCAGUCCAGGGUGGAAUAUAUUAGGUUCCCAAACAGCACUUAUCCCAGAUAUUUUACAGGAUAGCACACAAGAAAGUAAUCAGCUGUUUUCAGUGGAACCUGACCUGUGGACUAAUGCUGAGCAGAUUGUAACUUUGAAAUCUGAUGGUGAAAAUCCAGAUAUAUUAAGUCAUUGUGACCAAGACAAUAGUUCAGAGGCAUCAAGCAGUCCUGAUGUGUGCCAGGAGUAUGAAGCUAAGCAUGCCUCUGUCCCAUCUUCUCAGAUUGGGGUGGAGACAGAAGACAAAGAUAGCCUGCCACUUCACACAUGGUCAGAUGUUAGUAAAGAGGCAGAUUAUGAUUCAAAGUGUCAGUUAGUAAUGCAGAAAAUAGAGACACAGGCUGAAAGUCAUAGCCCCCAGGACAAUGAACAGGGAAAGAUGGAUGAAUCCUAUCAGCCUAUCUCUUCUAAUAUUCAGGAGCUUUCUGAACUUGCAACUUUGAAAGAAUAUGGUCUAGAAAGUAAACUUGUUACUGACCCAACUGAGUCGGCUGAAAUUACCAAUGAAGUUUUAGAAGUGAGGUCCUUAGAUCUGCAUGACGUAUUCCAUGAAAGUUUUACUCCUGCAAGCCAUCGAGGAACACCAACCGAUACAGAUCAAACAGCAACCUCUCAAAUGCAUUUGGUUCCCAUGGAUUUCACUCUACCUGAAAGGGCAGAACAAAGCAUAAAAGAAGCUAGUGCCUUGAGUGAAGUUGGAAAGCAUUCUAAUGUUGACCAUACAGCAAUAACUGGUGAUGAACUGGACAUGUCAGAAGAAUGUGUGGAUGAAUCUGAGACAAGAGUGGACCGUAACAUCAGGAACACAUCAGCGACUGUUGUCAUGGCAAGCACAUGUUCUGGAAUGAACACACUGGCAACAGCAGGCAGUGAAGCAGCAGAAGGGGAACAAAAGGAUAAACAGGUAUUCUUUCCCAAAUCCCUUCUGCCUGGUGGUAAUGAAGGCUGCGAAUCCAAUUCAGAUAAUCAACUGUUUGAUGAUAUAGCAAAAGAAUCUGAAGAUGUAAUUGGAAAUGAUGUUCCUGUGUUUAAGGAAGUGCCCAGUGGCCAGUCACCAGUGGUGUGUACCCCACCAUCCUAUGUAUCUUAUGAUGCUGUGCCCUCUGGCACCAGAGAGUGUGCAGAUGACAGUGCUUCUUUUGAAAAAGCUUUACCACUGCCAACGCCUUCAGAAGGUGCAGAAGGCAUCCCAAUGACCAAAGACACCAACAUUAAAGAUCAGGUGUCUGAAACACCCACAGAGUGCCUUCAGGAAAAUCACACAUCUUCACUCUCCGAGUCUGAAGUAACUCCAGGAGCUUCUGAGAUUUCAAUAGAAAAAUCUGAAGCAGAAACAGCAGAUCUCGACUCACCGCCAGGUGGAGAUAAGAGAUUACCUGAUGAAGCUGGCGCUGACUCCCUGCUUUGUAUGGAGCACAUGCUGAGGAAUUCCUCUGGGAGCCCUAACCUGAAAAGUACAGAGAAUAAGGAAGAGGUGAAGGUGCACCAGGAUCCAACUUCACUGGAGAUGGAUUACAUCCUUGUUACUGAGGAAGAAAGUACGCCUUCAACAAAGGAUAUCCUUGAAAGAAAGAAAAGUAAUUUUGCAUUUCAAGAAGCUAAUGUAGCUGAACAAACAGAAACUCACGAUGGCUUUUCACCAGGUUACUUGGAUACCUUUCAGCCAAUCUCCAUUACAAAUGAAAGGGAAGAUCACUUUGUUUGUGGGACUGAAUGGGACUCUGUUCUCUCAGAAGAGAAAUGGUCUUCUGUUGUGCCUCAAAAACUGGAUGAUGAAAGGAGAUCACAGGAAAGCUGGGAGCAGGAUGAGGGCUGGAUUAUACUGGGACGAAAUGAAGUCAGUGACAUAGUGCCUGAAGAAAUUUUUUGUGAGCCAAAAUCAGAGAUGCCAAAAUCAGGGUCUGAAUACUCUGGUGAAGAGCUGGCAGCUGUUGUAGCACAGGGAUUGAUACUUGACACUCGUGCAGAAUUUCAGGUAGAAAUUCCUCUUCAGAAGUCUUCUGAACAUGAGAGCUGUUCUCCUACGAAUAGCCUGACUACCAAGGACAAGAGUUUGGGCAUUGCAGGAGCACAUACAUUGCAGGUGGUUGGUGGUGAUGGUGAAUGGGAAUCAAAUUCUCAACGGAGACUUGGAAAUAACAUAGCAAUAGAACAAGAAAUGAAGGAGGAAACGGUGCUCCUCAACACUGAAAGAGAGCUGAGUCAAAAAUCAGGGUAA